CUUUUCCAGGAAGUAGAAAAACGUCAACAAUCAGGCCAGGGCGAAGUGUCAGUGUAGCCUAGCAGUGAGGUAGCUAAGCUUGCUUCUCUCGGGUGUUUCGCAGAUUUUCUUUAUUUUUUUAUAUAAUUAGUGUAAGUGUAGCGCUCAGACAUGUCGUUGUUUGCUAAGAUAUUUGGAGGAGGUGGAGGAAAAGGAGGAAAGGGACCGAGCCCACAGGAGGCGAUCCAGAAACUCCGAGAGACGGAGGAGAUGCUAACGAAAAAACAGGAAUUUCUAGAGAAAAAGAUCGAACAAGAACUGCAAAUCGCGAAGAAAAACGGCACGAAAAACAAAAGAGCGGCUCUGCAGGCUUUGAAAAGAAAGAAGCGAUAUGAGAAGCAGCUCGCCCAGAUCGACGGCACGCUGUCGACCAUCGAGUUCCAGAGAGAGGCUCUGGAGAACGCCAACACCAACACUGAAGUGCUCAAGAACAUGGGCUUCGCUGCCAAGGCCAUGAAGUCUGCCCAUGAAAACAUGGACAUUGACAAGGUGGACGACCUGAUGCAGGACAUCACAGAGCAGCAGGAGCUCGCCCAGGAGAUCUCCGACGCCAUCUCUAAACCUGUCGGCUUUGGAGAGGAGUUUGACGAGGACGAGCUGCUGGCGGAGCUGGACGAGCUGGAGCAGGAGGAGCUGGACAAAAACCUGCUGGAGAUCGGGGGUCCGGAGAACGCCCCCCUCCCCAACGUGCCUUCUUCUUCAUUACCUUCCAGACCUGCCAAGAAAGAGGAGGACGAGGACGACAUGGAGGACCUGCAACGCUGGGCGAUGGAAGCCAUGUGAACGCAGCGCUGCUUCAUCAUACCUGCAUCAGAGAGGGACGAGAAGGAGCCAGAGGGAAUGAAUGGACUGAUAGGAUGUUGUGUAUGAGUAUAUUUUUGUGUGUCUGAGAAGAGCUGACUUUAUGUAACACUAAAAAAAGCAACAAUGCUGUAGACUUUGUUUUCCUGUCCCCUUCACAAUACAGAGACCCCUGAGUAUCAGGGGCUUUUAUAUCGAGGCUCUAUCCCUGUCCUUUAGGAAAGUCACAUCAUAUUUUUACCCUCAAUUUUAACACAAGCCUAGCUCCUAACGGUCAUUGUACUGGGCAGGGCUACUCGGCGCCCACAGAGUUCAUACUGAAGUGUAAUAUGAUGAGUACUGUGGUACGAAAAAGGCGUUGUUAUCAGAUUAGUGUUACAGGCCGUGUGGCGAUGCUAACCUCCCUGUAUGACGGGAAUUUUCAUGGAAAUGUAAUCCUCAAAGAGCUGUUUCCGACUCACAUAUUUACCUGUGUUUGUGGCGUUAAACUGGCUGGAUGUUUUUUUGUUUUAUUUCUCCCUACUUGACAAAAAUAACAGUCCUUAUCUCUCUGUUUUUUGUUAAUGCUGUUGAAAAUAGGAGAAAAGCUGAGCAUGAGCUGGGUGAAGAAGCUAUGAGCUGUCUGUUUGACAGAAUAUGAAUCUUUUCUUUUGUUUCAGGCUGCGUGCUUUGUCUCUUUUAUCCCCUCUUCUUUGCCUCCUGUCGCCAUGUCAGCGGCUUCUCCCUCCAUCAAAGGCGUUCACACCAGUGGUUCUUGUUAUUUGGUGUAAAUAUCCCAAAUGUGUCUCUUUUUAUAUACUGUAUUUCUGCCGUCAAUGAGAGGUUCAGUCGAGGUUGUGUGAAGCAUGCAGCAAUUUGGGAAUCACGAUACAGAUCACUCCGCACGGCUAGGAAGGAAGAUGUUAAACACAACACUUUCAUCAGGCUCUGUCUGUCUCCGUCCUUUCCAUAAGGGUUUCUGUUUCAAAUUGUAUAAUGUUGAAAAAAUAAUCAUAAUAAUAAACUAUUGUCACAUCUUA